AUGGCAAAUUCUGAAAGAACUGAAGAGAUGCAAGCAAAUUUUCAGAGAAAUGGAGUACUACAAGAACAUCUACCCAAAGUAAGAAACCAAGUUGUUGGACCUAUUGAGAUAUUCCGCUUUGCUGAUGGACUGGACAUUACACUCAUGAUCCUGGGGUUACUGGCAUCACUGGUAAAUGGAGCCUGUCUUCCUGUAAUGUCACUGAUUUUAGGAGAAAUGAGUGAUAAUCUCAUUAGUGGAUGUCUAGUCAAAACCAACACGACAAAUUAUCGGAACUGUACUCAGUCUCAAGAAAAGCUGAAUGAAGAUAUGAUUCUGUUGACUCUAUAUUAUGUUGGAAUAGGAGUUGCUGCCCUGGUUUUUGGCUACAUGCAGAUUUCUUUUUGGGUUAUGACUGCAGCACGACAGACCAAGAAAAUUCGAAAACAGUUUUUUCAUUCAAUUUUGGCACAAGACAUCAGCUGGUUUGAUGGCUGUGACAUCGGUGAACUUAACACUCGCAUGACUGAUGACAUCAACAAAAUCAAUGAUGGUAUUGGAGAUAAGAUUGCUUUGUUCUUUCAAAACAUGUCUACGUUUUCCAUUGGCCUGGCUAUUGGUUUGGUGAAGGGCUGGAAACUCACCCUGGUGACUCUGUCUACAUCUCCUCUCAUAAUUGCUUCUGCAGCCAUGUUUUCUACGAUAGUCAUCUCGUUGACCAGUAAGGAAUUAAAAGCCUAUUCCAAAGCUGGAGCUGUUGCAGAAGAAGUCCUGUCAUCAAUACGAACAGUUGUAGCCUUUGGGGCCCAGGAGAAAGAAAUCCAAAGGUAUACACAGAAUCUAAAAUAUGCAAAGGAUGUUGGCAUAAAAAAAGCUAUAGCUUCAAAACUCUCUCUUGGUGCUGUGUACUUCUUUAUGAAUGGAACCUAUGGACUUGCUUUUUGGUAUGGAACCUCCUUAAUUCUUCAUGGAGAACCUGGUUAUACCAUCGGAACUGUUCUUGCUGUUUUCUUCAGUGUAAUCCACAGUAGUUAUUGCAUUGGAACAGCAGCCCCUAACUUUGAAACCUUCACUAGAGCCCGAGGAGCCGCCUUUAAUAUUUUCCAGGUUAUUGAUAAGAAACCCGCUAUAGAUAACUUUUCAACAACAGGAUAUAAACCGGAAUGCAUAGAAGGAACUGUGGAAUUUAAAAACGUUUCUUUUAGUUAUCCAUCGAGACCAUCUAUUAAGAUUCUGAAAGGUCUGAAUCUCAAAAUUAAGUCUGGAGAGACAGUAGCCUUGGUUGGCCCCAACGGCAGUGGGAAGAGUACAGCAGUCCAACUUCUGCAGAGGUUAUAUGAUCCUGACGACGGCUUUAUCACAGUGGAUGGGAACGACAUCAGAACUUUAAAUGUGCAGCAUUAUCGAGAACAUAUUGGAGUAGUAAGCCAAGAGCCUGUUUUGUUUGGAACUACUAUUAAUAACAAUAUUAAAUAUGGACGAGAUGGUGUGACCAAUGAAGAGAUUGAGAAAGCAGCAAAGGAAGCAAAUGCUUAUGAUUUUAUAAUGGAGUUUCCCAAUAAAUGUAAUACCUUGGUAGGGGAAAAAGGAGCUCAAAUGAGUGGAGGACAGAAACAGAGAAUCGCGAUUGCUCGAGCUUUAGUUCGUAACCCAAAGAUUCUGAUCUUAGAUGAGGCUACAUCUGCUUUAGAUACAGAAAGUGAAUCAGUUGUCCAAGCUGCACUGGAGAAGGCAAGCAAAGGUCGGACUACAAUUGUAGUAGCACACCGACUUUCCACUAUUCGAAGUGCAGAUCUGAUUGUGACCAUAAAAGAUGGGGUGGUGGUGGAAAAAGGAACACAUGCUGAACUAAUGGCAAAACAAGGUCUAUAUUAUUCACUUGCAAUGUCACAGGAUAUUAAAAAAACUGAUGAACAGAUGGAAUCAAUGGCAUAUUCUACUGAAAAAAAUAUCAGCUCAGUUCCUUUGUGCUCCAUGAAUAGCAUCAAGUCAGACUUUAUUGACAACUCUGAGGAAUCUAUUCAAAAUAAAGAGACAAGUCUUCCUGAAGUAUCUCUGUUAAAAUUUUUUAAAUUAAACAAGUCCGAAUGGCCUUUUGUGGUUCUGGGGACAUUGGCUUCUGUUUUAAAUGGAACUAUUCAUCCAAUAUUUUCCAUCAUCUUUGCAAAAAUCAUAACUAUGUUUGAAAAUGAUGAUAAAACCACAUUAAAGCAUGAUGCAGAAAUUUAUUCCAUGAUAUUUGUCAUUUUGGGUGUUAUUUGCUUUGUCAGUUAUUUCAUUCAGGGAUUAUUUUACGGCAAAGCAGGGGAAAUUUUAACCAUGAGAUUAAGACACUUGGCAUUUAAAGCUAUGUUAUAUCAGGAUAUUUCCUGGUUUGAUGAUAAGGAAAACAGCACAGGAGCCUUGACAACAAUAUUGGCCAUAGAUAUAGCACAAAUUCAAGGAGCAACAGGUUCAAGGCUUGGUGUCUUAACACAAAAUGUAACUAACAUGGGACUGUCAGUUAUCAUUUCCUUCAUCUAUGGAUGGGAGAUGACACUCUUAAUUCUGAGUAUUGCACCAGUACUUGCUCUGACAGGAAUGAUUGAAACAGCAUCAAUGACUGGAUUUGCCAACAAGGAUAAGCAAGAACUUAAGCAUGCUGGAAAGAUAGCAACUGAAGCUGUGGAGAACAUACGUACUAUAGUGUCAUUAACAAGAGAAAAAACUUUUGAGCAAAAGUAUGAGGAGACGCUUCAGGCUCAGCACAGAAAAACCUUGAAGAAAGCACAGAUCAUUGGAAGCUGUUAUGCAUUCAGCCAUGCCUUUGUAUAUUUUGCCUAUGCAGUGGGGUUUCGAUUUGGAGUCUAUUUAAUUCAAGCUGGACGAAUGACCCCAGAGGGCAUGUUCAUAGUUUUUACUGCAAUUGCAUAUGGAGCUAUGGCCAUUGGAGAAACACUUGCUUUGGCACCUGAAUAUUCAAGAGCCAAAUCUGGGGCUGCACAUCUGUUUGCUUUGUUGGAAAAGAAACCAACUAUAGAUAGCUGUAGUCAAGAAGGGAAAAAACCAGACACAUGUGAAGGCAAUAUAGAGUUUCGAGAAGUGUCUUUCUUCUAUCCAUGUCGCCCAGAUGUUCUCAUCCUUCGUGGCUUAUCCCUGAGUAUUGAGAAAGGGAAGACAGUAGCAUUUGUUGGGAGCAGCGGCUGUGGGAAAAGCACUUCUGUCCAACUUCUGCAGAGAUUUUAUGACCCCAUGAAAGGACAAGUACUAUUUGAUGGUGUGGAUGUAAAGGAAUUGAACGUACAAUGGCUCCGUUCCCAAAUAGCAAUCGUUUCUCAAGAGCCUGUGCUCUUCAACUGUAGCAUUGCUGAGAACAUCGCCUAUGGUGAUAACAGCCGUGUUGUGCUCUUAGAUGAGAUAAAAGAAGUCGCAAAUGCAGCAAAUAUCCAUUCUUUUAUUGAGAGUCUCCCUGAGAAAUACAACACACAAGUUGGACUGAAAGGAACACAGCUUUCUGGCGGCCAAAAACAAAGACUAGCUAUUGCAAGGGCUCUUCUCCGAAAACCAAAAAUUUUAUUGCUGGAUGAGGCCACUUCAGCUCUUGAUAAUGAGAGCGAAAAGGUGGUUCAGCAUGCCCUUAAUACGGCCAGAAAGGGGAGGACGUGCCUAGUGGUUGCUCACAGACUCUCCACUAUACAGAAUGCAGAUUUGAUAGUGGUUCUGCACAAUGGAAAAAUAAAGGAAUGGGGAACUCAUCAAGAGCUCCUGAGAAAUCGAAACGUAUAUUUUAAAUUAGUAAAUGCACAGUCAGUGCAGUGAUGCUGUUAGCAUACAUUUUGAUCUUUGUGUAAUGCAAGGAAAGAGUACUUAGUAAUUAUUUGGCAUGCUUUGUUCUCUUUUAUUGCAUGAUCGAUAUCUAGGCUCAUGUUAUUCAAGUACAGACAUGUUCUGUUUACACACCACGUUCCCUUCAGAUUUUUAAAAGAAAACAGAAGUUUUCUAGAACUCGUGAGAUAAUGCAUCUAUUCCUUACUUUAUAAAAAUAUUCUAGCACAUUUGCUUGUAAAGCAAUUUUCUACAAAAUGAAUCUAUUUCCCCAUCAACUUGUGCUGUAAAAUUGGAAAUAUGUUCCCAGAGGGAAAAGUUAGUUAACUAAGUUGAAAGAUUUUAGCAAAGAGAAACUAAGAUGUACUUGGGCCUUACAGGAAGAGUGAUUUUAAUUUGGAACUUCCAGCAUUUUGUAGCACAUAUUAGCAUCCUUUGAGCUAGUCCUUUGCUCCAGGCCUCAGGAAUUUCUCUCAUAAUAUCUUUCUCAGUUUCCCUCUCAAUGGACAUACACUGUUUCCCAAAAUUAUAUUAUGUCCUUUUGUUAGGGAGAUAGGAUUACAAUGUAAAAUUUUUGACAAAUUAGGUAGUUAUCUUCCACUUUACCAGUAAAUGAAAUUUGUCACAUGCUCUUUCCUGAAAAUUCCAUUAUUCUGAGCUUUGGGUUUCACGGGAUAAAUCACAGUCCUACCAAUGUACGAACAUUUAUUUACCUAAAAUAAGAGCUCUUUUGUUAUGGGUGAAAAAUUAGA